AACAGCAGCACCGGGUUAAAUGCAGACCAUAUCUGGUGAGGCUUCAGUGAAGCGUAGCUGGAUCGACUUACAGAUCAGAUGAUUCUCUCAGUUCCUGUUUCAGGUCUUUGCUUAUUUUUUUUUUGUUUCUUAAGGACAGAUACUGUUCAUCUGCUACAGUUUUUAUUAGACCUGCCACUUCUUUUGCCCUCCGCUUGUCCUGUUUCCUCAGAUUUUUUUUUUUUAAGAUCUCUUUUGAAGAUCUUCAGAAAACCUGGAGAACUGUUGCUGAAGGCCACUUUAAAAAAUGACAAAGUCUGGGUCCCUGGAUGAAUUUCAAAUAAAUGAGGUGUACUAUCAACACUCAUCAUACUAAAAUGUGAUCAAAUUCUAUUUUGUGCCUUAUUUUCAUUAUUUAAAAAGAAGCUGUGGCAAAAUCAACUGAUGAUCUCUGACUUUUCAAAGUUUUAGAUUUGAGUCUGUUUAUUCCACCUGCUGGAGGAUAUCUGAAGAUGUUAAUUAACAUAAGUUGGCAUUUGUGGUUUUGUUAGCGCGGGUCAGUUCAUUCUGCUGCUGACAUUAUAAACAAGUCCACAGUUGAUUACACCAAUUAAACCUGACAGCCAGAUAAAAGGUCUGUAAAGAGCUGCAACAAACAGUGACAUGAAACCUAAAAUGCAGUCAGGAGAUCCAAUAAUAAGUAUCCAGAAUCACUGGUAAUUAAAUAUGACAAGUAAAUUGUGUACUUAAUCCUUUUUGUAUUCACUAAUAAAAACAGGACUCUGUUUAAUUAGAUGCAAAUGUAUUUGAGAUUAAUGUUACAUUUUGAGAUUGGCUCAGAGGCUUCUGGAAGCUGCACUUUGACCAAACACGUUAGACAAAAUUUGCCCAUCUGCUACGGCUAUCAAACUUUAGCUGUGAUGUCACUGGUAUGAGGCCAGCAGUGACCAGCCAGCCAGGAGGUAACACAAUCUUCCCCGUUGUGCCAAACAUGGACUUCCUUGCUGCUGGUGUGUAUGAUGAUCCGGGGCAGGUGUGAUGUGACUCCACUGACUGUGCUUUGGUAACCAGAGAACUGCAUGCUGCCCCACUCAGCUGCACCGUCAGUUCACAUAUAAAUAGCUUUACUGAAAGCUACGCAAGGCCAGAAGGAAUCUGGACACAACAGAGGGGAGGGAUUACUCGUUCUUCAUAAGACAGCAGACACACUGAGUGCACUCAGCGUAGUUUACACAGUUGCACAAAGAGAGAAAGCUCCACAGACACGGACUACAUUCUUAGGACAUGGGUAUUCACGGAUCCAAGCAUCAGAAACAAGCACAAGUCCUGAUGCUGGGCCUGGAUGGAUCAGGAAAGACCAUGCUGCUUUACAAGCUGAAGUACAACGAGAGUGUGGUGACAGUGCCCACUGUGGGUUUCAAUGUGGAGACUCUGGAGACGGACAGGAACAGCCCGGCACUGAUUGUGUGGGACAUCGGGGGCCAGAAAAAGAUGAGGCCCCACUGGAGGCAUCACUAUACCGACACAGCUGGAGUGGUGUUUGUGGUGGAUAGCAGGGACCUGAAACGGUUGGACGAGGCCCGCAAGGAACUCCAUCGGGUUCUGAGGUACGAGAGUCUCAGGGAGGUUCCUCUCUUGGUCCUCGCCAACAAACAGGACCUACCCGGAGCUCUGAGCCCAGAGGAGCUUUGCCUGAAACUUCAUUUGAGAAAAGUGUGCGAAGGCAGGGCCUGGUACAUCCAGCCGUGCUCGGCCACAACUGGGAUGGGACUCGAGGAAGGUUUCAGGAGGAUAGUGUAUCUCAUGAAGACCCCACUGAAACGGACUCAAGAGGACAUUAAGGUGAAGAUGAGGUCUAAAGGCUUCAGUGUCACGGCUAUGAAACAAUCCUUGCUCUGCGGCAGCUGAUGGAUGAAGACUUUCUUUAGUUUUAUUCAUGCGCCGUGCAGGAUUUCCCCCUGCCUGCCUCUGCAACACAUCACUGAACGGCCUGAGUCACAGACAGAGUGCAAUAGUCAGAGAUAAGAAUGUGUAUCACACUGAGGGCAGAGUGUCCUCAGGCUGUGACUGCAGACCACUAGUAUUCUGUGAAAAAUCUUGGAUUAGCAGAUUAUGGGAAAACAGUCUCAAGCUGUCAUAGGCAAAUAUUUAGCCUGAUAAUACGUAAAAAAGCUGAUAGCGGUUGGUGGUUGUGCAAGUUUUCUCGCCUCAGCUGUGCACUUAACUUGUUUAUCUUUUAAUCUGUUAUUUGUGUUAUUGUUAUUGUCACAAUAUUACAAUAUUCAGAGUUAGUGGUAGAUUAUCUUCAGGGACACAAAUGUGAAUACAAAUCAUAUCUACUGUACAUCUAAGGUUUGAAUUGUGUAUUUUCAUUUGUCCUGUAUUUUUUUCUAAUUAAAUAAAAGUAUUUGAAUCAGGCAGGUUUGUGGAAAAGUGGUACUGCAGUACUGCAAAAUGAGCAUGUUAGCGUAGCCAAUGACAGCAGGAAUAGCCUCCUUGGUUUUGCCUUUCAGGAUGUGUUCACAACAAGUUUUUUUGUUAAUUGUAAUUUGUUCAAACUUGUUGCAUUCAGGGAAUGUAAAAAUAAUUGAAAUGAUUGAAAUGAAAUCCUCCGAAGCUUCCUCCUCCUAGUUUACACGUCAAAGGCAAACAGAUGCUCCGUGUUACCUCAUGGACUAAUCCUCGCCCUCCCUCUCUCGGUUGCUCAUAGAGCCUCAGGGUGCUGGACUUUGGGUGGAGAUCUCUGUGAGUUUUUAUGUCUUGACAUCAGUGACAUCUCUGUCCUGGGUCAGAGCUGGGUGUUGAAGGACUGAUAGCUUGGAUCUUAUUCCUACUGUUGAGCUGACUUUUCAGUGCUUGUCUUAACUUCUGGAGUUAUUCCUGAUCUUUAUCAUGGCUCCAGUCGGCCUGUGGGCCUGAUUUGACCACACUUAUCCAGACCAAGUGACAGUAUUUAACCCUCUAAAGCCUCUUCUAUAAUAUUUGAUUCAUGUUUUUUGGGAGUUUUUGAAGAUUCUUCAACAUCAGUAUGACAUUUCCCCCCUAAAAAGGUCAAAUAAAUUGCACAACACAUUUUUAAGCAAGAAAAAAAAACCCAAACCAAACAAAAUAAACAAAAAAACAACAUUUUAAAAAAUUACAAAUUAAAAGACAUUUAUACAAAUUAAUAUUAAAAUUUAGACUUUUUUUAGUUGUCAGAAGUUUCAAUAAACGUUUCAUUUUCAAAAACAAUCUCAAUUUUCUGGCAAUUAUUUUGUGGUUUGGGCUUUGAAUGAUAAAGUCCAGACUUUAUUCAGUUUGAGGUGCUUGUGCGUGACCCUAAACACGCCAUUUAUAGUCAAAGUGGUCAAAUGUGGUUGAAUUAAAACAAUUCUGCAAAGAAGUGGGGGCCAAAAUUCCUCCACAGUGAUGUGAAACACUCACUGCCAGUUAUCACAAACACUUGAGUGCAGUUUUUGGUGCCAAAGGUGGCAUAACCAGUUAUUAGGGUUAGAGAGCAAUUACUCUUUCACACAGGGCCAAGUAGCUCUGGAUAGCUUUGUUUCCUCAAUAAAAGAAAUCAUCAUUUUAAAACUGCAUUUUGUAUUUACUCAGGUUAUGUUUAACUAAUAUUAAAAUUGUUUGAUGAUCUGAAACAUGGGUAUUACUUUACAGCAAGAAGGUCGUGGGUUUGAAUCCUGCCUGUGGCUUCCACCCACAGUCCAAAGACAUGCAUGUAGGGUUGGUGAUUUUAAACUGACUGUAGGUGUUAAUGUGAGUGUUUCUCUGUCCAGCGUGUACCCUGCCUCUCAUAACCCUGAAUUCAUGACCCUAUACCAGUUAAGCAGAAGAAAAUGGACGAUCUGAAACAUGUAAGUGUGCCAAAUACUUUUUCACAGUACAGACAGGAGAAACUCCCCUUUAACUUUAAGUUUAAUGUAAGAUUAACUACAUAUUUAAUCCCCUGAGAUAUUAAUUAUAAGAAAAGCAACUACAAUUUCAGUAACACGUCUAAGUUUUCUACAUAACAAAGAAGUGCUGCUGUAGUAACAGAAAAAUCUGUCAGCACGACACUUUGGGCUUAAAUUGUAACAAAUUAAUGUGUAAAAUUAUGAGAAAAGUUCUGGUAUCUCGUUUCCAGAGUAUUUUGUAAUUUAAAAAUUACGUCUUUGUAAAUGUGUAUCCAUCCAUCCAUUCAUUCAUCAACAUUUCUUUAAUACAUAUAGUAAAAAAAACCCUGAUCUAUUACUCAGUUACUUUGGCAUAGUAUAAUUGGCCUCGAGGAGGUCUUCAAUAGUAGAAAAAGCUGUAAAAGUUAUGAAAAUUACGUUAAAAGUGAAAAAUGUUUGCCCUCCUUCACAAUUUUUAAAGCCCUCCAGUGGCUGGAUUUGGACUCUUUAUCGGACCUAAGUUUUACUAUUCAAUAUACAUUAUUAUUUAGUGUUUAUUUUUAAAUAGGGUAUUUGUCAGUGACAUAUUUUAACAUAAUCGUCUUAGGGCCUUUUUAUAUGUUUAUUU